AUGACAUGUAAAUUAAACUGGAGUAUUCGAUCAGAUGAUGAUGAAAAUUCACACCAAAGUUUAUUGUCAGAUUGUGAUUUCGACUAUGAUCAUAAUCCAUUGCGACGAAGAUAUGCGAAUGAGAAACGAUCGAUUUUAGCGUUGAACACCUUAGCAAUCAAUCGAUAUGAACCACCGACGGCAAGAUUACGAACGAAGCCAAUUGGUUUUUCGCAACCUACUAAGAACCUAUUUCUGACGAAUCCAGUUCUAUUUUCAAAACAAUCACCAUUCGAUAAUCGUUUUGUGAACAUUCCAUCUGAUAGUAUCAAUUCACUAGCCGAUCGGUUAGACAAAUGUAGCUUAGAUGAAAAUAAUUUAAAUAAGAACUCUUGUUGGUCGUGUCAUCACUCUAAACGUCAGAUAAAUCCAUUUUCUGCACCCCGAACGUCACGCUUAUUUAUUCAAUCCAAAACAACAACGACUUUAUUCGAUCAAGAUCAUACAAAACUGUGGUCUCGCACUUUCUCUACAACUUCAACUAUUCCAGAGAAUCAACCAAUCGAUUCUCCUCGAAAAGAUUCUCCUGAACAAUCGUUGUUAACAGAAGAAGAUUCUCUACCUAAUCAUUCAUUCCUAUCAAAAAUCUUCUUUUUAUUAAUCAUAUUUAUGUUUGGUCUUGUGCUUGGUUAUCUCUUCACCCAUGUAUUCCCAUCCACUGUUCUUUAUCAAUGGUUCAUUCGUGCGUGGAAUCAUGUAAUUCGAUUAAGUAUCGAAUCUCUUGAAGCGUGUCUCAGAUAUGUCUUUUCAUUUUAA